AUGCAGCGUCCACCGACUGGAAUGCAGCGUCCACCGACUAGAAUGCAGCGUCCACCGACUGGAAUACGUCUGCCAUCAAUACAUUCAAUGGAAUCGAACCAGUAUUUGUUGAGCUUCGAGCAGGCGGUGGAGAUAGGCCGCGCUCGAGACACUCUGAUAGCGACGACGAAGACUGGUGUUAAAAAAUGGGACCCUAGACGGUGGUCCGAUGACGUGGACAUCUCCAGGCGUCUUAGGGUUUGGCGCGUGAAUCUUCCACAUUGGGGAGGCUCAUUAAUUCAACCACGAACGCGGGAGCAAUGUUAAUCAACUAGCUUGGAACUUGGGAACUACGUCGCAGUUGAUGUCCACGUCCCACAAGACAGGUAUACACGAUCGGAAACAAAAAAGAGAAGCUACAAUAAAACAUCAUCAUCACGUCGUCACUGUGGAGAAGGAAUAUAAAAUGAGGACUCAGUGAGAUACAGUCCUCAUCUUCUUCUAUUCCUUCUCCACUCAGUGAGAUACAGUCUGUACACCUUGAAACAAAACGAGCAAUGGAAAUCGGCUGAUUCGAGGGAAGGCUUGAUCGAACAAACUUGAUUGAAUAUAAUAUACUGCCAAUCCUACAGAGUGUUUUAAGCGGAAACACAUACGAGAUACAUGAAUAUAAAAAUAAUAUCUGUCGCAGCACGUAUACACAAGCAUCUAUACGUAGAUAAAAUAUCAGAUGUAAUGUGAUGAAAUGUAAGAAAAAGAGAACGUGCGAUUAUAAACGAAAACCAGAUGAAUGGGGUGAAAGUCUUUAAAAACAGAAGAAAACAAAAAAAAAAAGAACAAAA